AUGACUACUUGUACUGAAAAGGAUCCGAAAAAUAAACCACAGCCGCAAUUAGUGAGGCUGGACAGAGCAUUCAAACUGGCUGAACAGUGGGUUAACAAUAUGAGUAAAUCCUCAGUGGAUACGAAAUCGACUUCUGUAGAUUUGGAAGGGCGUCCGGCUGGACUGGGUAUUGGUGCAACUGUUCCUAAGGAGUCUAGAGUCACACGUUCUGAUAAUCCCGUCGAGAGAAAAUUGAUUGCCACAUUGAAUGCUAACAAAAAGAAAGCCAUCACGAAAAAUGAGGCUCCAUCUGCAAAGGUUGAAAAUGUCCUUGACGAGGAAAGUGACGAGGACGAGUCGGAAAGUAAAACGAGAUCUUUUACCAAGAAGAGACCACAGGGUUUCUCACAUUCACUUCUACAAUCUAAAAAGAAGCAUAAAUAA